UUCCAUGCUGUGGGAGGUCCAAUUGUAUGCAGAUUGCUCAUGGACGAUGAGAAUGUCCAAAAUUUAUUGACCGCUGAUAUAAAAUUUGAUUUAGUUAUCGUCGAACAGUUCAAUAAUGAUUGCGGACUAGCAAUAGCACAUAAAUUCCGUGCGCCUAUCAUUGGAAUCACUUCGCACAUGCUGUUGCCUUGGCAUUAUCAAAGGUAUGGAGUUCCAUAUAAUCCUUCGUACGUCCUGUUCGAUCUUAUCACGGCGGGAACUAGGCCAACUUUUCUUCAAAGGAUCCAAAGGUCAAUUACCUAUAAUUACAUUAACUUCGUAAACAAACACAUAACACAACGUUUGGAGCAGAAUGUAAUAUCUGACUAUAUGGAAGAUGUUCCUCCUUUAGAAGAAAUUGCGAAGAACAUAAGACUAGUACUGGUUUACCAAAAUUUCGUGCUCUCCGGUUCGUCUGCUCUACCAGCCAAUAUUAUUGAAGUGGGUGGUUUCCAUGUAUCCAAACCUAAGCCACUGCCUGACGAUUUAAAGAAAUUCAUUGAGGAAUCGGAGCAUGGAGUAAUAUACGUAAGCUUUGGAUCAAUAUUGAAACCUUCUUCAAUGUCUAAGGACAAAAUGAUAGCAAUAAUAGAAACUCUUAAAGAACUUAAGCAAAGGGUUAUCUGGAAAUGGAACAAAAAGGAUUUACCAGGAAAUCCAAAAAAUAUUUUGGUUACCAAGUGGUUGCCUCAAAAUGACAUUUUAGCCCAUCCAAACGUGCUUGCAUUUUUCUCACACUGUGGACAAUUGGGGGUGACGGAAGCUGUAUACCAUGGUGUACCUGUCAUUGGCAUGCCCAUAUUUGGUGAUCAACCAUCUAAUGCUGCUGCUGUUGAGGAGAGUGGACUCGGUGUGCGAAUAGCACUGUCAGAAAUCACAAAGGAACGGCUACUAGAAAAGUUCAAAACAGUGCUCAAUCCUAGUUUCAGAGAAAAUGUCAAGCUGAUCUCGAAGGCAUGGCACGAUCGUCCUUUAACGCCUAUGGAUACAGCCAUCUUCUGGACCGAGUAUGCAGCGCGUCAUAACAUAACUUAUGGACCUCCUAUUGUCUCUACAUAUCAGUAUUAUAAUUUAGAUAUUAUAGCUUUAUUUAUACUCUUGACUAUAGUCAAUAUGGUAGUCAUUAAGUUCGAGGACGACUGGAUCAUAUUCAAAUGA